AUGUCUACGAAGGCAGAGCAAUUUGCCGCCAAGGUGCGGGUCUUGCAGGAGUAUCACAACCGUGUGCUGCAUAACCUGUACCCUGUGCCCUCCGGAACAGACAUUGCUAACACACUGAAAUACUUUUCCCAGACUCUGCUCAGCAUCCUGUCCUGCACAGUAAGGGGAAAGGAGCCGGACAAUCCUUCCAAUUUGGCCCUGCCCAUGACCAUGUGUCUUUUUCCUGUGCCAUUCCCACUCACCCCAUCUUUACGACCACCAGUCAGUACCAUCACCCCUACAGUUACUCGCUCCCUCCUUUGCAGCGUUCUGAGGGACGCGCCGACGGAGCGCGCCAUUGGUGGUGGUGGUGGUGGCCAGAGCCGUGACGCACAGCUCUCUGAGUACCCCUCUCUGGACUAUCAGGCCCUGUACGCCACCCUGGUCACCUUGCUAGACCUCGUGCCCCUGCUGCAGCACGGGCAGCAUGACCUAGGCCUGGCCAUAUUUUACACCACCACCUGUCUCCUCCCUUUUCUCAGUGAUGACAUUCUCAGUACUUUGCCCUUCACUAUGAUCUCCACACUAGCCACUUUCCCUCCCUUCCUGCACAAAGACAUCAUUGAGUAUCUCAGCACCUCCUUCCUCCCCAUGGCCAUAUUAGGUUCCACCCGAAGAGAAGGAGGCGUGCCUACCUAUGUGAAUCUGUCUGCUUGCUCCAUGCUCAUGAUCGCUAUGCAAUACACCUCCAAUCCAGUUUAUCAUUGUCAGCUGCUGGAGUGUCUUAUGAAGCACAAACAGGAAGUGUGGAAGGACCUCCUGUAUGUCAUCUCGUAUGGACCAUCCCAAGUGAAACCUCCUGCUGUGCAGAUGCUCUUCCACUAUUGGCCCAAUCUAAAGCCUCCAGGGGCCAUCAGCGAAUACAGAGGACUGCAGUACACAGCCUGGAACCCUAUCCAUUGUCAGCACAUUGAGUGCCAUAACGCCAUCAACAAGCCUGCAGUGAAGAUGUGCAUCGACCCAACUCUCUCAGUGGCCUACGGGGACAAACCCCCACCUCUGUACAUCUGUGAGGAGUGCAGCCAGAGGAUCGCUGGAGACCGUGCUGAGUGGCUUGUGGACGUACUGUUGCCGCAAGCUGAGAUAUCUGCAAUAUGUCAAAAGAAGAACUGCAGCUCUCACGUCCGCAGAGCGGUGGUCACCUGCUUCUCCGCCGGCUGCUGUGGUCACCAUGGCAACAAGCCUGUGCGCUACUGCAAGCGUUGCCAUGUCAACCACCACAGUGACGUGGGGGCCUCGGCCGAGACGCAUCUUUAUCAGACGUCCCCUCCCCCCAUCAACACGCGCGAGUGUGGCGCGGAAGAGCUGGUCUGUACCGUGGAGGCCGUCAUUAGUCUGCUGAAAGAGGCAGAAAUCCAUGCAGAGCAGCGCGAGUUUGAGAUGAAUCGGCGACGUCAGAUGGGGCUGUCUGCUUCUCACCACUCUCUGGACAACACCGACUUCGACAACAAGGAGGACGACCAGCACGACCAGAGGCUACUCAGCCAGUUUGGCAUCUGGUUUCUGGUGAGCCUGUGUACGCCGAGUGAGAACACCCCUACGGAGAGCCUGGCGCGGCUGGUGAGCAUGGUGUUCCAGUGGUUCCAUUCCACGGCCUACAUGAUGGACGACGAGGUGGGCAGCCUGGUGGAGAAGCUGAAGCCCCAGUUCGUCACCAAGUGGCUCAAGACCGUGUGUGACGUGCGCUUCGACGUCAUGGUCAUGUGCCUGCUGCCGAAGCCUGUAGAGUUUGCCAGGGUUGGUGGCUACUGGGACAAGUCGUGCAGCACGGUGACGCAGCUGAAGGAGGGCUUGAACCGCAUCCUGUGCCUCAUCCCCUACAACGUCAUCAGCCAGCCGCUCUGGGACUGCUUCAUGCCCGAGUGGCUGGAGGCCAUCCGCACAGAGGUGCCCGACCACCAGCUCAAGGAGUUCAGGGAGGUGCUCAGUAAAAUGUUUGACACUGAGCUGUGUCCCCUGCCCUUCUCCAUGGAGGAGAUGUUUAGCUUCAUCAGCUGUCGCUUCACUGGCUAUCCCGCCUCCGUACAGGAGCAGGCCCUGCUCUGGCUACAUGUCCUGUCAGAGCUGGACAUCGUGGUGCCUCUGCAGCUGCUGAUUGACAUGUUCUCUGAUGGCGUCAACUCCCUGAAAGAGCUGACCAAUCAGAGGAAGGUUCACCCCAACGACCCCUCAGAAAACGACCAGGCACGCCGGGUGAGCGUGGUAUCUGAGCCGGGUCGGCGCGGUGUGCAGCAUCAGCCCAGCUCCUUGAGCCCGUUCCCCAGCCCCUUCCGGAGCCCCCUGCAGAGCAGCCCCUUCCGGAACCUGGGCCACAUGGGCCACGCCCCUGGCAACGAGGCCCUCGACUACGACACCGACGACGAUGACAUGAACCUGGCCUGCUUCAUCCUGAUGUUCGACCUCAUACUCAAACAGAUGGAGCUCCAGGACGACGGCAUGAUGCUUGACCUUGAGAGCAGCCUGGGCAAGGACACGGUGGGCAUCAUCAACAACAUCUUCCAGGCGCCCUGGGGCGGCGCCCACACCUGCCAGAAGGAGGAGGCGGUGGAGAAGGCCACCGAGUGCAGCCUGUGCCAGUCCAGCAUCCUGUGCUACCAGCUGGGCUGCCAGCUGCUCACCAGGCUCACCCCCAACGACGACAUACACCUGGUGGAUACCUCCAGUAAUCUGGAAGACAGUCUGAUAUUCCCGCGUCCAGACGGCCAUCUGAAGAAGGAGGAGAGUGGCGAGGAGGCCAACACAAACUGUGACAACCCAGAGGAUCAAGACAACCUGCCCAACGACCCCACUGGGAAUAAAAAUGCUGGCAAAGAAUUCUCCUAUGAUGAUCUUCCCGUCUCACUGAAGCUCAUCUAUACAAUUUUGCAGGAUAUGGCCAAGUUUGAGGAGCCUGACAUCCUGUACAACAUGCUGAACUGCCUGAGGACGCUGUGUCUGCGGGGGGAGUGCCUGUGCAUGGCCAAGAAAGAUCACCCACAAUUCCUCUCUUAUGUCCAGGAGAAGAUGCUCAUACCCAGUUUGUGGAACAUGCUUAAGUCCGAGUUCUGCCAGCUGGCCGCCCUGGCAGUGCCCCAGUUGCUGCAUGCCCUCACGCUGUGCCACGGGGCCGACAUCUUCUGGAGGCUGGUGGAGAACAGCUUCAACAACGCCGACUGGAAGAUACGAUUUGAAGCAGUGGAGAGGGUGGCGGUGCUGUGCCGCUUCCUGGACAUGGGGGCGGUGACCAAGAGCCACGUGCUGAAGUACUCAUUGGCCCACGCCUUCUGCUGCUUCCUGGCCAGCGUGGAGGACGUUAACCCCGCGGUGGCCACCAGGGCCAAUCUACUGCUCAACACCAUCAAGAGGCCCGCGCUACAGGGCUUGUGUGUGUGUCUGGACUUCCAGUUUGACACGGUGAUACGAGACCGGCCCGUCAUCCUGAGUAAACUGCUGCUGCUGCAUAAUCUGAAGAAGGAUAUUCCCGCUCUCAGCUGGGAGUUCUUCGUCAACCGCUUUGAAACCCUCUCCCUAGAGGCUCAGCUGCACCUGGACUGCAACAAGGACUUCCCCUUCCCCCCAAACAUCACGUCUGUUCGGACAAACUUGGCCACCCUGAGUGACGCGGCGAUGUGGAAGAUCCGUCGGGCGCGUUUCGCCCGUAACCAGCAGAAGAGUGUGCGGUCGCUACGGGACAGCAUCAAGGGAGGGGAGUCCAAACGAGCCUUCUCUCUCCCCGAAACCCUCUGCAACCGCCUCUCUAUGAGGCUGACCAGGCAAGAGCACUCUGCACCCACACUGGGAGAAGUGCUGGAGCAGGUGGCCUCAGGUAACUUCUGUCCCCCACUCUCAUGUGCUGCCCCCCAAGACCUCCCCAGUCAGAGCACUCCUCUGGAGGACGAGUCGCUGAUCAUCGACCUGCUGCCGGAGGACGCGGGCAUCGACCACCAGACGGUGCACCACCUGAUCACGGUGCUCAUGAAGUUCAUGGCCAAGGACCAGAGCAGCGCGGAGGCGGACAUCAGCAGCGCCAAGGCCUUCAACACGGUCAAGAGGCACCUGUACGUGCUGCUGGGCUACGACCAGCAGGAGGGCUGCUUCAUGGUGGCCCCCCAGAAGAUGAGGACCUCCACCUGCUUCAACGCCUUCAUAGCGGGCAUUGCACAGGUCAUGGACUACAACAUCGGCUUGGGCAAGCAGCUACUCCCCCUGGUGGUGCAGGUGUUGAAGUACUGUGCGUGCCCCCAGCUCAGACACUGCUUCCAGCAGCCGCCACGCUGCUCCCUCUGGCCCCUCAAGCCCCACAUCAGGCAGAUGUGGCUGAAAGCCCUGCUGGUCAUCCUCUACAAGUACCCAUACAGAGAGAUGGAUGUCAGCAAGGUGGUGCUGUGUCUGAUCCACAUCACCAUCAACACCCUGAAUGCCCAGUACCACAGCUGCAGGCCCCACGCCACGGCCGGGCCGCUCUACAGCGACAACUCCAACAUGAGCCGCUACAGCGAGAAAGAGAAAGAGGAGGACAGUGUGUUCGAUGAGUCCGACGUCCAUGACACCCCAACUGGAGCCGGCAACAAGGAGUCCCAGACCUUCUUCGCUCGCUUGAAGCGGAUUGGUGGAAAUAAGUCAGUCAAGUACCAACCUGCUGUGGAGAUAACCACGCAGAAGAGUGAGAUGGAGCUGUUGGAGUACCACGAGGAUGCCAUCCUCCACUGCGUCCACGAGGAGAGCAGCCGGAGCAGGCGCCUGCAGGCCAUGCACAAGCAGAAGUCCCUGGACAUCGAAAAAACAGACGCCGUCUACUACAAUCUGGACGAGCACCGCCGCAAGUCCUGCAUCGACCGCACCAGCUGCGACCUGCACAAGGGCCCGCCGCCGCCCCCGGCUCCUCCGCCUCCCUCCUCCUCCUCGCUCUCAGCAUCCUCCACCGCCGUUGCCCAGCAACCGCAUCAGCAUCAGCACCAGCAUCCGCAUCAGCAGCGUUCCUCAGGUCAGCCGCAUCAGAGGAAAGGCUCGUCCAGCUACAGCACAGGUAAAGAGGGAGUGGAGGGAACUAACGCUGACCUGCCGCCCACCAUCCCAGAGCUGAGGCUGAGCUGCACUGACGCACAGGAGGACAGCCUGCAGGCACAACAACAGACACAGCUACAGACACCACCACACAGGCAGCAAGCAUCACCACAGACACAGCUACAGACACCACACAGGCAGCAGGCAUCACCACAGACACAGCAACAGACACCACACAGGCAUCAGGCAUCACCACAGACGCAGCAACAGACACCACACAGACAUCAGGCAUCACCACAGACGCAGCAACAGACAACACACAGACAGCAAGCAUCACCACAGACACAACUACAGACACCACACAGACAUCAGGCAUCACCACAGACGCAGCAACAGACGCCACACAGACAUCAGGCAUCACCACAGACGCAGCAACAGACACCACACAGGCAUCCGGCAUCACCACAGACGCAGCAACAGACACCACACAGACAUCAGUCUCCACUGGCAGAACAGACACCACAGACACCAAACAGGCCACAUACUCCACAUCACAUCAGGCAUCCUUCACCACUGGCACAGCCACUGACACCACAGGUGCUACAGACGCCGAAUAAGCAGCAGGUUCCACCGCUGACGCCGCGCAGGCAGCCGUCGCCGCUCGCACAACCACUGACGCCUCUCCUGCACGCAGGCACCCAGCAGCCAUGGCCGCCACAACAACAACAACCGCCUACCAAAAUAUUAUGUCGGAUAGAGGUAUCCCCCUCGACUGGUCUUAAAGCUCCUGCCGCUGCCACUGCUGCUGCCGCGGCCGCAGAGAAGAAAGAGGAGCCGGACCUCAUUGACCUCUCGUCAAACUGCACCUCGUUUGAGAAGAACUCGACUCCCUCUGCCUCGGACAGCGACUCGCUGGUGUUCGAACCCUUGCCGCCGCUGUGCAUCGUGGAGAGCGACGACGAGCUGCCAAACGUAGCUGCCAAGCGUACAGGAGCCAGCAGCACGAGCACAGGUGUGGAAGCUCUGGCGAAGAACACGGACUUCUUCUUGGACGUGGUGGAGGCCUGCUCCAGGUCGAGGGCGGCGAGCGCCUCCCACGGCUCCAGCAGUGCAGUCUUGUGUCUCGCUAAGGCCACAGCUCCAAAGAGUUUGUCCCUCACGGCCAGUCCCGCCGGUUCCCAGGACGUUCCUGAUUUCCCUCCAGGCUUGCUGGUGGGACUGGAGAGCCCCAUGACUCUGAAACAGAAGCGAGAUCUGUUCAGGAAGACGUCCCAUGUGCCCAACACCUCUGUGGGCGACAGCCCGUCCAGCCGGAACAUCCCCGGGGACGCGUCGGAACCCUCGGAUCCCAGCGAGGAGAACGACUUUGACGACGGCGACAAUGGGGACUUCAACGGUGACGAUCAGGAGAGCGACGGCAAGCUGGAGGAGGAUGACGAGGAAGACGCCACGUUCAAGAUCCAGAUCAUUCCGCGGCAGAGGAAGCAGAGGAAGAUUGCCGUCAGCGCCAUCCAGAGGGAGUACCUGGACAUCUCCUUCGGCACGCUGGAUAAGCUGGGAGAACAGACCUCCGAUUCAGAUCCCAAAGCCCUGUCGUCCCUGGAGAGGCCCCUGGGCUCAGCCUCCGCCCCUGCUCUGGAGGCCGCCAACCCCGAGGCCAGCAACCGCUCCUCAGUCUCAAGCCGGCAGGUGAAGCGCAACUCUCUGGGUACCUUACACAUUAACCAGCUGAAGAAGCAGCUGGAACACCAGUCCAGCGCCCCGCACAACAUCAGCAUCUGGGAGAGCGGCCAGACCAAGAGCAGUCUCCUGUCCGCUCCCAGCUCCGUCAGCAUGUUCGUCCCCGCCCCAGAGGAGUUCACAGACGACCAGCCCACAACCAUGACCGACAGGUGUCGCGACUGUGGCGCGGUGCUGGAGGAGUACGAUGAGGACACGCUGGGCCUGGCGGUGGUGGUGCUGUCCAUGUUUAUCCACCUCAGCCCUGACCUGGCCGCACCCCUGCUGCUCGAAAUACUGCAGUCCGUUAGCAGGCUGGCCUCCAGUGCUAACUUCGCUGGACAAGCAGAAAGCAUGCUGAUCCCCGGUAAUGCCGCUGGCGUGGCCAAGCAGUUCCUGCGCUGCGUACUGCACCAGCUGGCCCCCAAUGGCAUCCUGCCCCAACUCUUCCAGAGCAACAUCAAAGAUGGGAGUUUCCUUCGCACUAUGGCCAACUCCCUCAUUGACUUCAAUGAGCUGAGCUCUGUUGCCGCUCUCAAUCAGCUCUUAGAGGGUCUGAACAAUAAGAAGAGUCUGCCGGCGGGUAGCGCCAUGCUGCACUGCCUGGAGAACAUCGCAGUGUAUAUGGAGGCGCUGGCCAUGGACGUACCCAGCAACCUGUGGAGCUCCAUCUGCAACCACUUCCAGACCUUCUUCACCAGGCUGCCCGCCGUGCUGCCACUCAAGUGUCCACUGGACUCAGCGUUCAGGGUCAUGCUUUGUCUGCUGAAGAUUCCGGCCACCAGUGUUACCCGGAGUCUCCUGGAGCCCUUCUCUAAGCUGCUGAGCUUUGUGGUCCAGUACAGCACCUUCAGCCUGUCUUACCUGGUGGAGCUCUGCGGACUUUGCUACAAAACAUUUAACAAGGAAAGAGACAGAUGCUAUAUCUCUCGCAUCGCUGUGCUAGAGUUACUCCAAGCGUUGAAGUUCAAGUCGCCACUUCCUGACACCAAUCUUCUGCUGCUUGUCCAGUUUGUUUGCUCGGAUCUUGGCACCCGCCUUGCUGAGUCCACCAUCCUGCAGAAACACAUGAUCUCCUCCCUGCCGGCAGGCAACACUGCUGCUAUGGAGUGCAUGAGGCAGUAUAUCAAUGAAGUGCUGGACUUCAUCGCAGACAUGCACACACUCACCAAACUCAAGAGCCACAUGAAAGCGUGUUGCCAGCCGCUGCACGAGGACACGUUCGGGGGCAACCUGAAGGUGGGCCUGGCACAGGUGGCUGCCAUGGAGAUCAGCAAGGGGAAUCACCGUGACAACAGAUCUGUGGUCAGACAUCUUCCCUGGCUGUACCACCCGCCAUCAGCCCUGCAGCAGGGGCCAAAGGAGUUCAUUGAGUGUGUGUCCCACAUCCGUCUGCUGUCUUGGCUGCUGCUGGGUUCCCUUACCCACGUUGCCCUGCACCAGACCUCCACCGCCUGCAUGCCCAUCCCCCUGGACGCCGGAUCUCAGAUCGCAGACCACCUCAUCGUCAUCCUCAUCGGGUUCCCAGAGCAAUCCAAAACGUCGGUGCUGCACAUGUGUUCGCUGUUCCAUGCCUUCAUGUUUGCGCAGCUGUGGACGGUGUACUGUGAGCAGGCGGCUGCCAGCCCGGCUCAGCAGAACCAGAACCUCAACGAGUACUCGUCCAGUGCCAUCCUGACGGGCCUGGAGUUCUGGAGCCGGGUCACGCCCAGCAUCCUGCAGCUCAUGGCACACAACAAAGUGAUGGUGGAGAUGGUGUGUCUGCAUGUCAUCAGUCUGAUGGAAGCCCUGCAGGAGUGCAACUCCACCAUCUUCGUCAAACUCAUCCCGAUGUGGCUACCGAUGAUCCAAUCUAACUUGAAGCAUCUGUCAGCAGGUCUGCACCUGCGCCUGCAGGCGAUCCAGAACCGGGCGAUCCACCACUGUGGGUCGGGGGUUCAGCAGCAGGCCCUCAGGAAGUGGCUCCAGUGCACCCAGUUCAAGAUGGCCCAGGUGGAGAUCCAGUCCUCCGAGGCCGCCUCCCAGUUCUACCCCAUGUGAACCUCGGAGGCCGCAUGCCAGUUCUACUACCCCAUGUGAACACCAACA